AUGUAUGGAUCUCCAGACGCGGCAACAAAUUACUCGCUCUCGGGUCAUCUCACACUUACUCUCGAGACUCCGCCGCCUGUGCUCCCAGUCUCAUCUGAGUCUUAUAUUAAACCAGAGACGGUUCAUAUUUCUUCUCUGGAGCUGGUCUUUGAAGGCAAGGCAGAGAUGGUUUCAUCUCAGGCUGGCUAUGAUGGGUUUCGGAUAUGUCGCAUUACUAAACAGCUUGUUCCCCAAGACCGACGAAUCGUACUGACUACCGAAGCCGACCCCACGAGCUGCUCGGAUUGGCGGGUCCCUCGUCGCGCCCUUGUGUGCAACAAUGGGAGGUUUUGUUUGAUAUGCAACUCCCGGGUUGGCUGCCGCCUACCGUCGAUUGUGGUCAUGAGGGAGGAGGAACUCAGUACACAAUCUACGCCACUGCCACUUUCGCCGAUACGAGAGGUCCACUUCUUGCUCGGCACCGCUCCCCUCCUCCCCGACUUUUCCCCGAGACAUCCACAGGGACGCACUUUCCCCCUCGUCGACCAUCCUGCGACCAUCACCUAUCUUGACCAUGAUGAGAGGAUACCGGUUGAACUGCUUCGGAGCGUCGAUGUGAUUGUAACCGCCCCUCAGCAUAUUGGUUGUGAAGAGCACCGUGUUCCGGUUUCGUUACGCGUACGAGCUAACGACCUCGGUUCAUCUAGUUUAGGCACUUUGAGGCUGGAUGAUUUUGAGAUUGAGGUUAAUCAAACCGAAAAAUUCAGCUCGAGACCAAUGUCUGCUUAUGUGGAUUCGUUCCCUGUUCCACCUUCUCAUGAGCAACCCCCUAACAUGCCUCUUCUUAGCCCCCACCCAUGGCAGGCCCUGUAUGCGCUUGGGCUGGUUGUUCAACAUGACUAUGCCGUUAAUUGGAGCCAACAGACCCACCUUGUGUCCGGUAAUCGCGUUCGUUUCAAACCUGCUCUUGGUGGCCUGGAGCUCAACGACGACUGGGCUAAAAUGGAUAUUCCGAUUUCGAUUGAUCCUACUACCCGGAAGUCCCAUCCAGCUCGUAAAGGAGAUCGACAACUUCAAGCAACAGUGUUUACUCCCCAUAUGCGGAUCAAGCACGAACUUCGCGUUGGUUUUAAUCUCGCCUUCGUUCCCCCUGAGGAUGCAUCCAACCAGGAACCUAUCAAGCAGGCCGCAUAUGUUCUUAUCCCUCUUUCGUUUACUGCUACCGCCAUUUGGCCUCCUGUUAGUGUGGGUUCGGGAUCUGCAUCGCCAACGGACUCGCAAUCGACUGUAACAUCCGGUCCGUAUCUUCCUGCAUAUUCCCAAUUGUUCUACGACAACGGCGAGCGCCGGGAUGAUCUGUCAAUUGGUUGGCUACCAAUCGAUAAAUGGGCUCUUGAUCCCUUCUUCCGCAUAAUCUCCCCCUCGUCCCUGCACCUCACCGAUGUCGCCCUGCCCAUAACCUCAUGCCAGCCCUCUCGGGUUCAGUCCAUGCCGCCAGCCGGCAACGGGCUUCUCGAAGUCAAGACCGCUUAUGUCUGGAGGACCGAGUAUAUUGUGGAAGAUUCCAUCAUGGAUACGCUCGACUUUAAUUUACACCAGUUGAUAUUAACUGAGCUUGCUCAGAAUAUUAGCGACAGUAUCGAUUCCGAAGACCCCGUCGAAGAAGUCAACGAGGCUAUUGAACUUAUCACCUCCAAAGUAGUCACAAGGGAUAUUUCCAGCACGCAAUCUAAUGGCACAGAGCCCAAACCCGCCUCACGUGUCAAUUGCAACAUUGCUUUUGGCCAAUUCGCGUUGAAUUGUCCAGAGUCUCAUGUUGAGAGUACAGUAACGGUGCUUAUUGGUAUUCUGCGUGACGUUCCGCACAUCGAUUAUGAGCGGAGUCUGGCAUGGAGCGACUGGUCUUUGCCCGACGAGCUUCCACCGCGCGAAUGUGAUGGCCGCGAUCGUUACGUUUGCGAAGAGUCUGUCAAGAUGCUGGGAGAAGAGCCUGCUGCCGAGGUCAUCAUCCAUGUCUCUCCUGCGUUCCACGGCUUAUAUCGCGCGGUAACCGCAACCCCGUUCCCGUGGGAGCUUUCUGAAUGGUUGGCAUGCUCCAAGGCAUUCGCAAGUCUCUUCUCCGUCAGGCUCGUCGAACGACUAAACGCUAUUGUCGAAGAGUUCUUACAGCGCGCAGACGAAGACCCUUCUCUCUCGCUUUACGUCCAAGCUUUCUUGGCGCGUUACAAGGCCAAUGAACGUCCUCUGUCCGGCUACUUUGUUAUUUGUAGCAUUGUCGAGGUUCAAUGGACCGCCCUUGCACAGGUGCUUGCGUCUCCGCUCCACGAUCCCGAGACACAAAAGAAGAAGAUCCAAUCGGUUGCUUUGACUGACGAUGCAGAGGCAUCGAAUAUGGCUUGGGCGACCCUAAUGCGUCAAAAGGCUCAUAGCAUCGACAGUACCCAGCAAGGAGUCAAGGAGCAUUUACAACAAACGGUAGCCCACACAAUGAAGUAUUUCAAUGAUUUAUUGGUGCAAGUUGAGGACAUGGAGGAUGAUCCUGAUAACGAUACGUACACUUGGGAAACUAUGGCGGAGAGCUUGAAAUUAGUGUCUUUGUGCUGUGUCGCCCUGGGAGACUUGGAUAGCGGCUUGCUGACGCAGAUCAAACUCAUGCUGAGCGACGUCUCUCCUGCUUACGAUAAUCUCUUGCAAGAAGGCGCGAUUACUUCGGUGACGGUGCUCGUUCACAACUUCCCCGAGGUUGCGAGUCCCAUGGCUCACCAUUUGCGUAAAUUCAUUACUGCACCUCUGCCGCUUUUGGAAUUCCACUUUGCCAGCGAUCCGACUGCUCCAACUGUUCUGGCUGCGGCAUCCAACUGCUUGGCCGUGUGUAUCGAGGCGGCUCCCGGCGAAGAUUUCCUCCUGUCCUUUAUCUAUUCUCUCUUGAAUUACAUCACUGCGACCAAUCAAGAAAUGGAUGCUGGCACUUCUCCUUACAUCCAUAAUCACGCCAAUGACUCGACUACUGCGGUUUCAAUCGAGUCCGGUUUGCGCAAUAAAACAGACCUUGAGAAACGCCGCAUUGGAAUGAGCACUAUCUCCGUCAUUACCCGAUUGGCUUUAGCGUUUAAGAGAGAAGAUCGUCUACCUACCGCGCACCCAUCUGUGCAAGGUGCAAUCUCGUACAAUCUUGUCGAUCUAGCGCUCGCGGCGCCCCAGAAUGUCUUCUCCGAUAUCAUCCACGUUUUCUCUCAGAUUAAUCGCAUUGUUGAAGGGGCCGAAAGCAAUUCUGGAGCGAGAACAUCUAGUAAUCAAGUCUUGGCCGCGCAAACUCGCCUGGCGCAUGAGCUUAAAACCCGGCCCGAGCUGUAUGAGACAUACUUAGUCGAAUUGUUGACGAUGUUUGUGGACAAGGGUACAGCCAUCCAGACGCAGGCAGGUCAGGACAAGAAUGGAACUGUGCCUACUCAAACCUUGGCCGAGUUGGUGGCUCUUACUUUGCCCAUUGACGCCCUAGUUGCCCACUCUGAUUUCCACCCUGACCGUGACGCAAGUACCGAAGUUACGGCCUUGUUUAGAAACAUGUGGUUCAUAUGCGGACUUUUCCGCCUUAGCUCCGAUGAUAAGGCAGAUAUGAUAAACGAGUGGCAAUACGCUGCGAUGACAAGGAUUGCGGCCAAAACGCCUCCAGUAGUGCUUGAAGAGGCACAGGAUUAUCUGACCAACGCGAUCGAAUACAAUCCUAUCUUCCGGAAUGACUAUUUACAGAUCGUUGUUGCUCGUCAUCGCGUGACUCUUAGUAAAUUCAUCCCAACACGCGGAACUGAUAUACGAUACUUGACGCCCACUCAAAUCAUUUUCCUGCUCACUAUGCAUGAUUUGGAGAAUAUGCGCGCCAAAAUGUUCUUGCCAUCGUCCCUAGUCUGGUACUUCUCGAAUGAGGGAUUGAACAAAAAUGCACCCCUUACUGCUUCCAUGGAUUCUAUCUCCGAGAAAGUCAUUCGUGAUUUCGUUAAUGACACGAUUAGCAGAAGAAUUGUACAGCACUCCAUAAGCCCGGCACUGUCUGUUGAACUACGAAAAUUGCUGGUCGCAAGUACGCACAGGAUCUCCAAGAUUCGCGAACUCGCAAUGAAGUACCUUCAACGACUUAUUUCGGCUUUUCCAUCUCUCUUAUGUGAUCCACCUUUUGUGGUGGCCCUACUUGAAGUGUUGACAUUAAUUCAUCGAGCCUGCGAAGGUGAAUUUACGGACGAAUUCUCUCCCCAACACGACUACCGCUCUCAAAGGGCCGAUAUAACGCUCCAGCUCUCGGAUUCGUAUGCAUCAAGGAAUGAAAUACUUUCCCAAUUGUAUAAACAUACGAAUAAGUGGCUGGAGGCAGCUACCGCUCGGGCACCGAUCGAGAUACAAGCAACGCUACAGAAUUACCUUGCAGACACUAGAGUGGUAUCUGCGGAUGGCUCAGCUGAGCUUGGUGCUACCAUGGCCCUGCAGUUUGCCAAGACGGUUCCUCCUUCAGACAAGAAGCAAGGACUGGACUCUCAGCCAUACACUUUGGACAGAGCGAGAGUUAUGGCAACCCAAAUCGCCUCCAAAUCAUACUUUGGAGGGGAAGCCGGAGGAGUUAGGCUAGCCAACCGAGGAGGUAUUGAGGAAAUUCAGCUUCCUCCACCGACCAAAGCACCUUUCCUCGAAAUCAAGGCAUUGAAGGCUAAACUCGCCGUUUCCGUGGCUGAAAUCCGUGAUAAGACAAGCAAGUUGACCGUGCAAGAUCUUCGCCGCCUUCUAUUCCGAUGUGCAGCUGUUUUGAUGGCCUUGCCCGAGCCUGACCAUGACUUGCUCCAUUAUCUGGUCGCUGUACCUUUUGCUGCAUUUACACCAGCAACUAUUUCUACCGGAAUUGAUGCUUGGACUUGGCUAAUUGGCGAGAGGAAAGAUAUGGAAAUCUCACUCAUGCUCGAGUUCAACACUGCAUGGGCCACCACCGUAAAGCAAAAGAAAGGCAUAUUUUCAAACCAUAUGGACUCCGGCGAUCCAUUCCGCCACCCAGUGGGGUAUAACCCUACCAACAAGUCUGAUAUGGAUCAGAUCCUUGGCGAUGCCCGUCGGCUCUUGGUUCCGCACACAAUCUUGUUGCAGAUGUUGAGGAGUAGAUUCCAAGCGGUCCGGUACAAGAACCCCGGUCUGAUGCAACUACUUCUGAGACUCGUCCUGCGGUCAACACGCAAAGGGGUUUCGCUUAGCACGCAUGCAUUGGCUCGUGAGCCUCGCUUCAGUUUGCUCAUUUUUGGGUUUGAGGUUCUUCGAAGUAGCUUAAUGGAUACAUACCCGGAAGCUCGGCUCCGCGAAGCUCUGUAUCGCACCGCACUUUCGUGGUUUGCAGUUCGACCACAGUGGUCGUUCGGUGCAAACUUGGUCCAGGUGAAUGCUGAUAUCAAGCUUCUAAACGAAUUUUUGGAGGUGAUUCAACACGACAAUACACGAGCGGAUCACGUCACUUCAAGUCUCCAGCUGGAGAAGAGCACUUCACGUCACCCAGAAUAUCUUUCGAAGCAUCGUUCUCAGAACAGCUUGCUCAAGCUCUUGAUCGAGAACGAGAUUGGUCGCUUGAGAGUGUGGGCAAACCCAACCAACGACUUGAAACGGGGGCAAGACUACCUGAGCAACAGUGAACGCAGCCUCACAGAUGAUGGUUGGCGUCAAAUGGUUCGAACAGCUUGGAACGUUGACGCGGCUAUCGCAACUCAUAUGUCGGAACGGUUCAAGCGCCCUAUAGUCGAGAACGAAUUAAUUAAACUAGUAAAGAGUGAUCCUAGUGCAGCUUUACAUGUUUCAGAGGCAGUAAAAUUCUUUAUUGGAGACCGCUUCACUCGCGGCCAGAAACGAGACUACAAGCUGCUUUUGACAUGGGAUCCUGUGCCUCCAGUCAUCGCGAUCAAGUUGUUCGAGCCACGAUUUGACAAUGACCCAAUUACCCUUCAAUAUGCGCACCGUGUGCUUGCCCAGCAUCCAGUAGACGUUACAUUCUUCUAUGUUCCGCAAAUCGUGCAAGCAUUAAGGAAUGAUGCAUUUGGCUAUGUAGAGAGGUUUAUUUUCGAAACCGCCAAGGUUUCACAACUUUUCUGUCACCAAAUUAUCUGGAACAUGGAGGCAAACGGCUAUAAGGACGACGGAGCCGAAGUGGAGGACCCAAUGAAACCAAUGCUGGAUCGCAUGACAGAAAUGGUGGUCGCCUCGCUAUCAGGAGAGGCUCGUAAUUUCUACGAGAAAGAAUUCAAGUUCUUCCAAGAAGUGACUUCCAUUUCUGGGAAACUCAAGCCCUACAUCAAGAAAACAAAGCCUGAGAAAAAGGCUAAGAUCGACGAAGAGAUGGCCAAAAUUAAGGUCGAAGAAGGAUGUUAUCUUCCUAGCAACCCUGAUGGCGUGGUCGUUGACAUUGACAAGAGGUCAGGUCGACCACUGCAAAGUCACGCGAAGGCUCCAUUCAUGGCAACAUUCAAAGUUCGAAAGGUGCGAACUGAAACAGAGACCGACCCGAACUCUGUUCUCGAAGGUGCUGGCGCGGUCAUACAAGUCAGAAAGGAGUACGAUGUAUGGCAAGCUGCAAUAUUCAAGGUCGGCGAUGACUGUCGUCAAGACGUAUUGGCACUCCAGAUUAUUGCAAUGUUCAAGAACAUAUUCACAGACAUUGGUUUGAUGCUAUACCUCUACCCGUACCGCGUUACGGCCACAGGUCCUGGGCGUGGUGUCAUUGAUGUCGUUCCAAAUUCCACCUCUCGUGAUGAGAUGGGUCGUGCAAAGAUCAACGAUCUAAUGGCCUUUUUCGUUUCGAAAUAUGGCACGCCUGAUACAAUCGCUUUCCAGAAAGCACGCUUGAAUUUUAUCCAAUCCAUGGCGGCCUAUUCCGUCGCAUGCUAUAUUCUCCAGAUAAAAGAUCGUCACAACGGCAACAUUAUGAUCGAUGGUGAAGGGCACAUCGUGCAUAUUGACUUUGGGUUUUUGUUCGACAUAGAUAAGUAUUUUCAUGUUCUGGGAGUCAAAUUUGAGCCAAAUUCAUUCAAGUUAAACCAUGAGAUGAUUGCGCUCAUGGGAGGCAAAAACUCGCAGGGAUUCAAUCUAUUCGUCCAACUGACUGUCAAGGCGUUCCUAGCAAUCCGACCUCAUGUAACCCAACUUGUGGACACUGUUUCAUUGAUGCUUGGAGCUGAUUUCCCAAGCUUCAAAGGCGAACCAACAAUCAAACGUCUGCAAGAUAGGUUUGUUCCGCAAAUGACGGAGAGACAGGCCGCGGAUUGGAUGAUGGGGGUGAUUAGGAACGCCCAGGAGAAUGUGAGAAGCACAUUCUACGAUGAGUUCCAGCGGUUGCAAAAUGGAAUUCCUUACGCGUAG